ACAAAGUUGCGUGCGGGUCAGAAUUAUUACAAGAAAUUAUCGUAAUAAUGGGCCAACUGACGUGUAAAUAGAUGACUGGCUAACUCACAACAAAGGGAGAAAGAGAGCAGCAUUUUUUGUUGGUGGUGUUGGAGUAGGGGAGGGGUUAUUGGGGCAUGGAAGGGCUGGCCAUGCUUAGGCAGCUCAUCGGUCAGCUUCAAGACCUCUUGCAUCUCUACGGCUCUCCUCCUCCGCCGCUUCCUCCGUCAUCUCCUUUUCACCUUCUUCACCUCCACCAACUGCCCCAUCCUUUCUACGACCACCACCGCAGGUGGUGUUUUCCGAAUAUCAAUGAGACUUCUGCUGAGGAUUACUACAGUCUUGUAAUGGCUGCAGGGAAAUCUGGAAACUGUAAGAUGUUGGAACCUUUCAAGCCUCCACCAAGCAAGAGAUCACGAAAGGAGCGGAACCGAGGGAAAUUACCUGGAAGUACCCCUGCAUCAGAGGUUAUGGAUCAAGAAAUUUGGAAAGAAUUCCCUGAAGACCUUUUUGAAGCUGUUAUUGCUAGACUCCCUAUUGCCACAUUUUUCCGCUUUCGCUCUGUUUGUCGUAAAUGGAAUUCCUUGCUGGAAUCACAAAGUUUCUCUCAUCAUUGUGCUGAAAUCCCACAAGCCAAUCCCUGGUUUUAUACCAUUACUCAUGAAAAUAUGAAUGUUGGAGCCAUGUAUGACCCUUCAACCAAGAAAUGGCACCACCCAACAAUCUCUUUUCUUCCAGCAAAGAUGAUUGCUCUGCCAGUUGCUUCUGUAGGUGGUCUAGUUUGCUUUCUUGAUAUUGGUCAUAGGAACUUUUAUGUCUGCAACCCUUUGACUCAGUCAUUUAAAGAGUUGCCAGCAAGGUCAGUUAAAGUGUGGUCGCGUGUUGCUGUGGGAAUGACUCUGAAUGGAAAUUCAACCGAUGAAGGCUACAAGAUCCUGUGGGUGGGGUGUGAUGGAGAGUAUGAAGUUUAUGACUCGGUGAAGAAUUCAUGGAGCCGACCCGGAAGCAUGCCCUCUAACAUUAAGCUGCCACUAUCACUGAACUUUCGGUCACAAGCAAUUUCCAUUGAUAGCACACUUUACUUCAUGCAGUCAGACCCUGAAGGGAUUGUGUCCUACAACAUGGUUUCUGGGGUAUGGAAGCAAUUUAUAAUCCCAGCCCCAAUACAUCUGAGUGACCACACACUUGCUGAGUGUGAGGGCAGGAUCAUGCUUGUGGGAUUGCUGACAAAAAAUGCCGCCACUUGCGUUUGCAUAUGGGAGCUGCAGAAGAUGACGCUCUUGUGGAAGGAGGUGGACAGAAUGCCAAACAUAUGGUGCUUAGAGUUUUACGGGAAGCACGUUAGAAUGAGUUGCUUGGGCAACAAAGGUUUGUUCAUGUUGUCGUUGAGAUCACGACAAAUGAACCGACUAGUUACAUACAAUGUGAUGAGCAGGGAGUGGAUGAAGGUUCCUGGAUGUGUUCUACCACGGGGUAGAAAGCGACAGUGGAUAGCAUGUGGCACUGCCUUUCACCCUUGCCUGACUGCUACUGCUUAAUUUCAAUCCCCCUUCUUUCUGUUUCGGGCAGCAAUGGCAUGUCAAAGAAGGUUGUUUCCUAUUUUUCUGAGUCUGACGCUGUUUAUUGCUUAGCUGCUAACAAGCCUUUGCUGCUAGUUCCUCUUCAGUCGGAUUUUCUGUUGUUUUAAUGGAGUAAACAAGAUUGGCCAUGUUCUUUCUUUUCUUUUUGUACAAACAUGUGGAUGAACAAGUUUAGUUUCGGAGGAGGCUUGUGUAAGUGAAUCCGUUAAACUGUUUUUAAUCAUGCUGAAUUUAUAUAAUAGUUACAGAGAGAAUUGAGUGGCUAAAAGAAA